AUGGAGACCGAUAAUACCUCAACUUUUAGCGCAAAGCCGCCUCCACUGAAUUCCGAUCAGCUCAAUUAUCUCAUUUGGAGAUAUCUCCAAGAAUCAGGUUAUGGCGAAGCUGCCGUCAAAUUGCAGCGUGACUGGAGAGUGGAUGCAGAAUCUCUGCCGUUCGCGAAGAAUAUCAGAGGUCAUGCACUCGUCUCACUGGUUCAAAAAGGUCUUCGUUAUCAUCAUCUCUCGCUGACCAUCGAUGAGAAUGGCCGACCUUCAAAACAACUCAAUCCGUCCAUGUUCUUCUUCGGCCCGGAAAGCGAGAAACCACGUCCAGAAUUGAGUGACGACGUCGCUUCCCAAGCACCCUCGCCGGAAAAUUCUGGCAUAGUGCCUCGGAAGCACCCUCGCGACAGCAUUAUCAAUGGUUUACCCGAACCUACCACCCAGCCAGCCCCUAAGCGGAGUCGAAAGACUGUGGCUGGUUCGGAACGAAAUGGGAGCUCGACGAGAAAGCCAUCAGGCUCUACUGCUCAAGCAGCGACACACUCGGCAAUGGAUGUCGACAUGACCAAUGGUCAUCCAGCCUCAACGAGUGACGCUAGAUCACCCUCUGCUACGGAACCCGGCCCAGAUGAGAACGGCAUACAUCUCAAUGGCGUCAAGCACGACGAUCGUAUGGAGGUAGACGAAGAUCCACUAGAUGGUGACGGUCAUGCGAUUGAAGCGAGUGCUGCGGAGCUUGUACCGUCCCCCAUCCAUACACUAUCGAACGGAGCGAGCAUUGGCAUUCAAGUUGCACCAGCCAAAGUCGCCAACCUUUCCCCUUCCACAGUCGUACUCGAUACUCAAGACCCUCUCGCCAUGGGACCGCCUCGACAAGUGACAGAGGUUUCCUGGCGUCCUGGACAUACAAAUGUGAUCACUGCCAUGGGUGAUAACUUUUGUGGGACCUGGAAGCCUACAGAUCGUUCGACGAAGCCAGAAUCCAGAACUCCCUUCCAAAGCCUUGUUGAAUCAGCAGAUGCCGAGCUAAUUAGCGCGUUAGCCUGGAACACUGAAGGAGAGGUUCUUGCCUUGGCCACAUACAGCAGCCAGUCAGGCCAGUUACAUCUCUUCGAUGGGCAAGAGCUGACAUUGCUAGAAGCGUUGCCUGCCUCACAAAGAGCAAUCACAUCACUGCAAUGGCAUGGUCGUGGAACACGUCUGCUUGGUAUUGCGCCAUACGACAAUGACGAUGGUACUAACACCAACACCAUGGGAUCGUCCAUUCUACUCUGGGAUUUGUCAAACUCUCCGAACUUCAGUGGUCCUUUAUCCAUCUCAGUCCCAGAGAUACUGGUUGACAUGGACGCUGCCUCAUACAACGGAAAUGGCAUCGUGGGUGCCGUUGGUCAACAAUCGGUCUACCUCUGUCGAGCGAAUUCAGAACUCGAGAUUGCGGAAAGAUGGGUUUCAGAUCCCAACGAAAAUGACCAAUGGACAUUUAUCAGAUGUGCUUGGCAGGACCGUGAAGCUAUUCUUGUGACUGCAUCGGCCGAAACUCGUUGUUUGUGGAUGCCGAGCAAAAGUGUCACAAAGAAGGACGCUCACGAUGCUCCUAUAACUGGACUCGAGCUGCGUCCUAGGAUAAACAGCUCAAUAACUCCAGGUUGGAAACAAGAGUUUGCCACGUCUUCUAUGGACGGCACAGCCAAGAUCUGGACAUACGAUCCGGAUAGCCCUUCGAUCUUGUGUCUCAACAAGCUGACUAUCGGGCACGCCUCACCACUGAUGACUCUGUCAUUUUCGCCCGACGGGUUCUGUCUCGCAGGGGCAAGCUACGAUACGAUCCGUAUUUGGAAUGCCGAACACGGAUAUAAUUACAUGGCGACCUGGAAAGGUGAACUGGGUAGCUGGAAUGGCUCGCAAUUAAGAGACGACGACAUUAUGAGCAUAGGAGGUGUUUCGAGUAUGAAUGGUGAUGUACUUCAGACCAGUGCAGACCACGCCUUAACCUGGGACUCGGAGAGCAAGAAGCUGGCUUUUGGCCUUGGUUCACAGGUUGCGGUUAUCGACUUCCAGCGAUGA